AUGGCUGAAGCACCCAAGUUUCAUCCUGCUCUCACCAUCACUAAUGUCCCUAUCACAUUAGAUAAUGAGCAUUCCUUGUAUCAUUCUUGGGCUACUCUCUUCACCAACCUUGCUAGGGUUCAUGAUCAUCUGGUUUCUCCAACAGACGUGAAAGCAAAGGCCGCCUUUGAGGCAAAUAAAUCUGCUGAUAUUGCUUUGUGGAACCGUCUUGAUGUCGUAGUAUUACAGUGGAUUUACGGCACAAUCUCCUUUGAUCUUCUCCACGCUAUCCUUCGUCGCAAUGACACUGCCGAGGGAGCAUGGACACGCCUUGAAUCUCUUUUCCAAGAUAACAAGGCUUCUCGGGCUACCCACCUUGAAGAGGAAAUUACCAAUGCUGAUUUUGAGGAUUUUAAUUCAAUUGACACCUACUGCAAUCAUCUUUAA